UAUAGUAUAGCGGCCUAUGCAUGCCAUGGCUGGCCCGGUAAACAGUGGCACUAUUUCUAGUACAGAGCACCCUACAAGUUUCUCGGUUGUGAGGGAAUUUUUUAUAUUGCCCUUUAAUGCUGUAGUUAGUUGCUGCAGGGUUUUUUUUUUGUGACUUAACAGAAGUGUCUUGGGCAUUUUUAAUUUUUUUUUUUUUUUGGGCAGUGUGGCAGUUAUUGAUAGAUGAGGAACUUUAUGAGCUAUAUAACAGCUACCUGUUCAGUUGGCUGGCAGCACCUUGUAAGCCUUUUGGCCACAUACAAAAUAGUGACCCUGUAGGGCCCAGUAAGGACUGUUUUUUAAGGGGAUUCCUGGGAUUUUUAAGGCUGCUUUGGCUGUUUUUUUUAAACAGCUUAUAUGCCCCUAAGGGGGCAUUCCAUUUUUUUGAUUGGGUACAAGUGGGGGUGUUUUUAAUUGUGCCGUUUAAAUUACACUUGCCAUGGGGACUAUUACAAAUCCACCAUUGGCUUGCUACAUUGGAGAUAUUAACUGGACGGCAAGUUAUAUUUCCAAACCCUUUUUUUGUGGUAAGAGUAUUUGUAAGAGUUUUUCUAAAAGGGGAGGAACCAUUACACCCACACUGUUGGCCUUUUUUUUGGUUUUUAUUUAAUACCUAUUAGCUCACUGUGUAAUAACACAGGACCUUUUUUUUAACAGGACGCUCAUAGUGAUCAGAUUGGUUUCGGGUAAAACAUAACACUUUUUUAGUGAGUACUGCAACUGAAUACUUCUGGUCCUGAUAGGUGGCUUGCUGUAAAGAGGUCUUAUUCCAGAACGGCGAGUCCGUUCUUUUUUGCUUGGUGGCUAAUUCUGCUAGGGUCAAGGGCAGCAUGUCAAGGGGCAUUCCCGUUUUGGGGGACAAUGGAGUUGGAGCACAUACCCAGCAAUUAGUCUGGUUUGUUAAAGUAGCACCAUGGUGCGCAAGCGAAACAAAGGAGUUAUGCUCCCGAUAUGCACAGUUUGGAAAUACCAAUACAGAGACUAUUAAUGUUACCCAAUUAAUUAUUACCAGAGUCUUUUUAACCCAGGGUUUCCAGUACCUGGGUGGGCCCAUUUUAGCAUUAAGGUGCCCAUUAUUUGUGUUUUUUAAACAGUAGCUUUAGCCCGAGAUCGUUACUAGAUGAGGAGUCAGCAGGUUGGAUGGUCCACUGUUCUGCUGACGAGGGGGCGGGUACUGCCUUCAGACGAGAGUGAUGGAUUCAGUUUUUGUGUCCCUUGAUUUUUGCCGCUGUAUGGGAGAUCAGCAGGACGGUAUAGGGUCCUUUCCACUUUUUCUGGAGAGGCUUGUCUUUUCAGGUAUGAACAAGCACGGAGUCACCGGGCUAUAAGGAGUGGACGGGAGAGUCCAAGGGGAGAGGCUGGGAAUCCUUGGUAUACCUGUGAAGAGACAAAAGAACAGCAGACAGGGAACACACAUACUGUGACAAAAAAACAUUACUUAAUUUUUAUUCCCCUGACAGAACUGGGGUGCUAUUCAUAGGCCAUGCCCUUUUAAACAAAAUUUUAAAGGGACUAAUCCCUAAUUUACCCUUAGGGAGAACGCGGAUAUGGAGUAGGACGAGGGGCAAAGCAUCAGGCCAUUGCAGUGAGGCUUCUUGGCAUACUUUUGAGAGAUGCCGUUUAAAGGUCUGAUUGGUACACUCCACUACCCCACUGGCUUGCGGUCUCCAGGGCGUAUGGAGUUUCCAGGGGAUUUGUAAGGCAUGUGAGAUGCUUUGAAUGAUUUUUGCCGUGAAAUGUGUCCCAUUGUCAGAUUCCAUUCACAGGGGGAGUCCAAAGCGAGGAAUGAUCUUCUUAACAAACUUGAGGGCCACUGUUCUGGCAGUGCAAUUACGGCAUGGGAAGGCUUCUGGCCAUCCACUGAACCGAUCCACUAUGACAAGGACAUAUUUGAACCCUUGGGUCCAGGGAAACUUAGUAAAGUCUAUUUGCCACACUUGUCCGGGGCCCGGAGUGGGUUCUAGGGCGGCUGGUGGCACAGGAUGUCCCGGUCGGGGGUUAUUUUGGCAGACUAAGCAGUCCGCUUGUACCUGGGCAGCCAGGGGUUGGAGUCCGGAAGUGAUAAAGUAUUUUCCCAUUAGCUGGAUAAGUGCUUCCCUGCCAGCAUGAGUGGUUUGAUGUAGUUUCUGCAGCACUGGCCGGAUUAGGACCUUUGGUAAGAGGACCUUCCCUUCUGGGGAAUGGAACCAUCCCUCCUUUUCCCGGAGACCCAGUUUGUCAGUUAGCUGUCUCUCCACCCCUAUGUCUAAGGGACCGGUUCUUCACCGUCGUCCACAGCUGCUUCUCCACUAUAUGAGUGCGUUGCACCGUUGUGCCUCCGGGGUCGAUCAAAUCGCGUCUGCUCCGAGGCCCCGAUGAACUCACCGACGCGCACUGGGCGUCGGUUCUCGCCGCAAUCCUCGACCUCCAGGAGGGGUCCGGGCAAGGCUAAAUCUCAGCCUCGUCGCCCACCCAGGGAUGCCAAAAGCUGUUGCCGGCAUCCAGUGCCGAGAGGCGAAGCAACAGCUGGAGUUGGUUCGCUACUCGGUAUGCUACACUCAAUAAUUACAACGGGGUGGAGAAGCAGAAAAGUUUAUUUGCAGCUGCAAAAAGGUACAGGGAGAAUAAAAUUUCAAAUCCUGCACCCAGAGCAGGAAAUUACACAGGCUUUUUUUUAUAUAUAUAUAUAUAUAUAUAUAUAAUUUAGCAUAUUUAUUUAAUAGCAAGCUGCCCUAAGUAUUUAUAUAGCCAGCCAAUUUAGUUUCCAGCUAGUGCCCUUGUGCUCUGUAUUAUUUUUUUAAACUAUACAUAAAGCUGCUUUAUUCAGCAUUGUUUUUUUCUAUUUGCCCUGUUUGGCCUUGCUUAGUUUCAGGCAGUCUGACUCUGCAACAUAUUGUUGCAGAUCCUUAGCAUAACUGCUGUGAGUGCCUCCAGGUGGGGGGGCCAAGGACACUUGGGCCUAGUACGCAGAGCUGCUGCGAGUGCCUACAGGCGGGAGGGGGGGCCAAGGACACUUGGGCCUAAUGCGAGGGGCCUUCAUUGACACUCGUGGUCUUCCAUCCCCUCGAGUUACCUAGUGACCAUGCCCCAGUGUCCCCAACAAUGUGACUGAGUGACUCCACCAGGUGUUUGAAUCUGUUAAGAUAGGAUACCAUCACAGCAGUAAAUACCAACACUGCCUGGAUAAGCAGCAUGUGGUUGUAAAUAAGACAUUGGGCAAAUUGCAGAUCCACAUAGACCCAAAACCAUUGCAUCAGGCACUAGAGAGAUGCAACUACCUACUACCCACAAUUGACUAUAUUCUGCCAGACUCUCUACAGUCUGAUAUCAGUGGGUUGUGACAGCACAAAGUUGGAUGAAGAAUCUAAUAGGAUGAUGACACUCAGCUAUCUAUGAUGCUAAGAUUAUUGGACAUAAACCAUGAAACCAAGAUCUUGCAAAGAUUCAACCAGGUACUGGAAUAGCUGUAUUAUUUUAAAAUGCAGAUGACUGCCUCAUUGUCAGUGAAGGAACAGUGCAAGAAGGACAUGCACUGAAAUUCUUAUGAUACAGUGAGAAGAACAAAGUUAAAUCCAGAAAGUGACUCAAUCAUCAUCAUCAACUGACAAGGCACAUGCUCUCAUUGGUAGUACUGAAGGCAGUACAGCAAAGUCAAGACAAUCAAGAAAUACUGGCUAUAGUAGAUGCAAAUGUGGUGCAACAAUUCAUAGGGAGGAUAAACUUCCAUCCAAGUUCUGUCCCCAUUUGGUAGCAAUAACAAAGUCUCUAUGCCAAUUUAUAAGGCAGAAUGAGUGAGACUCUGCUGCACCAUAAAACCAUUUGACAGAAAAAAAAUCGGAUUAGAUUGCUUUGUCUGGAAAUACUACUAGCCACUAUACAAGAUAUACUUCAAAGAAAGGAUUGGUUGUAAUUCUGUUACAGGGACAGUUUCCUAUGCCAGGAGAGCCCUGUUGGAAGCUGAAUACGCUAAGCAGAAGUAAAAAACAAAACAAAAUACUGUUCGUGGUGGUAUGAGUAGAGCAAUUCCUCCACUAUGUCUAUGGCCACUCUCUACUAGUACAAUCUUACCACAAAUCACUCAACAUUUAUGGUUAAGCCUCUCACUACCACCCCACAAAGAAGCAAAUGUUGCUUCUUUCUGGUGCUACCAGAUACUGUCUUGGGCAGCUACUGGUUUUGAGUGACACAAGUGGUUGAGUGGUUUUGGCGAGACAGAGCAAGGUGACCAGGACAUUGAGUUGGUAAAUAUGGUGCCCUUGCUAAUUGAAGGUACGAAGCAGCAAGUCAGCGUGCUCAGUUGCAGGAUUGGGGCCUAACUUCUGGGCCAUAUCCUAAAUACCUUCCUUAAAGGAACUCCCAUUAAAGUCAAUCAGAACCAGUGUAGGUGUUCAACACAUUCUAAAAAAAAAAAUCAGACAUUUAUUUAGAGUAACCUUAAAAUGAGGAACUUGAUUUUAGGCACAUUAGAUAUAAGAUGUUACUGUCACCAUACAACAAGGACUUUGGGAUCUGGCCAUCUGACUUCUAAAUCUGCCCUACAUGUUCAAUGGACUGCUAGUGAGAAGCUGUGACAGUUCUCAGGGUAUCCAGGACUGAGAGUCACAUUGUUAUUCCCCUGCCUCCAGUAAAGGAAGAAUUCCUUGUGCUUAACUGGGUGUCAGUUCCCUAAUACCACCAGCCUGUUAGCCACCCAAACAAUCGCCUCUGGACUAUGCCAGGCCUUACUUUUGUUUGCAGGUUAACAAUAGGUGAACCCCAGCUCCAAGCCCCUUUGAAGUGUUCCUGUACAGUAUCCAGCCUCUUAUCUAGUGAACACUCACAGUAAUACCAGGCCUGCUGUCCCACAAGGGAACAGUGUACACACAAGUUUGAUUGAUUCAACUCAGGAUCGGGUCCUUGUAUAGUGUCUCAGUGUUGUGGUAAACGUAUAGUGAAAACAACAAGUUUAUUAUCAAAGAUUCAAGAGAUGAGUAAGGAGAAUGUAGCUCUUUUGUUUUCAUAUAAAACAAAAUCAUAAUGCGAUUUUUUAGAACUAAAUUUAACUGGCUAACCUUCUGUCUAAAGAAGUUUAUCUCACUCCAUAUGUCCUUUGCAGUGUCUCAGCCAAAUCUGAUUGAGAUCCAGCUUUCACUAAUGUAAUUACAUUGUGUGAUUACAUUGUAAGUGUGAUGGGUUCCCCCCCAGGGUGCCACCUGGAACUGGGGUACCACUCAGCCCACCUGACCCAUCAACCUGGGUUCCCUCUUCACUGUACUGCUGUGACCAGCCUGUCAAGCCCUCUGCCAGGCUCCAGUCUCCACCUUCACUAUCACACAUACAGGUAGGGACACACCCAGCUCUGCAUGGGAAGGCUUUAGCUAAGGAACUGUCCAGUAUUCAAAUGCACAAAUACACACCCUCUGGAGGGUAAACCCAAAAUUAGACCGUCUUGUGCCGCACAGAGAACAGUACAGCGUAAGCUCAUGAAAUUCGCCCUCUCUCUCAAUGUGGAGAGGAAUAUACACAGCUUUCUGCUCCCAGUUAUGAUUUCCACACACUGGUUUGUGAUAAAACAAACAAAUUUAUUAACUACAGAAGAUAAAUUUUAAGUGAUUAUAAAGGAUAGCAAACAGAUCAAAGCAGAUUACCUAGCAAAAAAACAAAAACGCAAUCUAAGCUUAAUAUACUAAAGAGAUUGGAUAUGAAGCAACUUCGCACCCUGAAUGAUGAUUUAUGCUGGUUGCAGGGAUUCUGAAGGAGCCAGCUGCCCUUGCUUGCAGCUUAAAAACCCCAGGUAUUCCUUUCACAGGCUAAAAAAAACCCUCUAGUCUAGUCCAACCCUUCUCCCCCAGUCCAGUCCUUGUUCUUCAGGUGUUUCCAAGAGUCUCCUUUGGGCAGGGAGUCAGUGAAGAACCAUGAUGAUGUCACUCCCCUGCCUAAAUAGCUUUUGCAUAGGGCAGAAACCUUUUGUCUCCAAGCUUGGUUCCCAUGCUUGGUCAGUGGAAAAACACUGGUUUUCCAAGAUGGAGUCCAGUACCAGGUGACUUGGUCACAUGUCCCUGUAGGGUCACAGCAGCCAUGACUUGGAGGCUGUUUGUAGCGUCCUCAGGAAGGCUCCCUGGUGGGAGAUAAACUUCUUCUAAGGCCUAUUGUUCUCCAUAAUGGCCCUUCCCAGCCAGCCAGCCAACUAGAGUGAUUGCAUACUGCCUAGUGGGCAUUCCCCAGGUGUAGGAACACAUUUGUAAUAGAUGCAUAGACAAUAUUCCUAAAUUCAGAUAUCAAAAUGAUACAUGCAUACAAAUAGGAUAAUCAUAUUCGUAAAUCAUAACUUUUUCAAUGAUGUCUCACAUGAUCUAUCUUGCAUAAAAUACAUCAUAGUUAUGCCAUACUCAUUUCAUAAUAUCUCUAUGAAGAAUAUGGGGCAUAGUGCCUCAUUAAGUACAGGAGAAAGGGGUGUUUUCCUUGCCUUCUCCUUAUAUUCCCCAAAACUCAUUGUCUGGAUCUCAGAGUCAGGAUUCUCCUCCAUAGCUUAUUCUCUGACGUGCCCCCCUCCCUGUUGAUUUCAUAACCCCCUGCUGACUUCAUAUGUAAAUGACUCCCCACUGUGUCACCUUACAGUAAGUGGACCAAGAGAGAUAGGUGAUAAAAAAAUGUUUUAUCUGGCAGAAGCCUGUUUGUCAACUCUGCCUUUAUACAGGCUUUAGGAACAUAUUUUCAUAGUAUCUGUACCUACAUUUCAUGACAUUAAUGAGCAGCAUGACCCUGGCUUUCCUUUAACACCUCACAAGACAGUCUUUGGUGAACCAGAAUGGACACACCAGGAUCAGGAUAUUCUUGUAACCACCUUGCCAGCUGCCACUAAGGGGCUCAUGGGUCACAGGAGCACAUGCAGGGUUUCUCCUGUACUCACUGCUCGUGCUGGACACCGGAAAAUGUGGGUGGGCCGGGAUGGGGACACCAUAGAGACACCAUGUGGACAGGUGCUGAAGUCACCCCUCCCUCCAUUGAGCUGCCUCUUCCCCUUCAGUUUGUGUUGUUGCUACUUGUAAAGGAUUGUUUAAAGUCACUGUGGCUCAGUUGUCACAGCAAGCAUGGGAAGAGUUAGUUGCUCUGUAGCUGAGCACAGGCAUGAGCUGAACUAGGGUUGCCAACUUUGUAUUUGAAGAAAACCAAACACCCUUGCCCUGUCCCCUGCCCCACCCCUUCUCCAAGGCCAUGCCCCGGCUCACUCCAACCCCACUCCCUCUUCCCCUCCCCACUUACUCGCUCAUUUUCACCAGACUGGGGCAGGGGUUGGGAUGUGACAGGGGUAAGGGCUCCAGCUGGGGGUGUGGGCUCUGGGAUGGGGCCAGGAUUGAGGAGUUUGGGGUGUGGAAGGGGGCUCUGGGCUAGGGCAGAGGGUUGGGGUGCAGGAGGGCUCCGUCUGAGGGAUGGGGCCAGGGAUGAGGGUUUUGGGGUGCAGGAGAGGGCUUCAGGUUGGGGAAGGUGGUUGGGGCUCCAGCUGCGGGCUCAGGGGUAGGGCCAGUAAUGAGGGAUUUAGGGAGCGGGUGGGGUGUGGGCUCCAGCUGGGGGUGCGGGAUCUGGGGUGGGGCCAGGAUUUGGGGUGCAGGAGGGGGUAUGGGCUCUGGGCUUGGGGUGCAGGAGGGGUUUCAGGGUGCAAGCUCUGGGUGGCACUUGCCUCAAGCAGCUCCCAGGAAGCUUCUGGCUUCUCUCUCUGGCUCCUAAGCAGAGGCGCGACCGCAUGACUCUGGGCACUGCCCACACCUACUGGCACCGCCCCCUCACUCCCAUGGGCCACGGUUCCUGACCCAUGGGAGCUGCUGAGCUGGCGCUGGGGGUAGAGUGCAGAGCCCCAAUAGCUGUCCUAAGAAACCGGCAGCUUCCCAGGAGGCGUGUGGAGCCUGUCCUGCAUCGCCAAGCGGACUUUUAACAGCCCGGUCGGCAGUGCUGACCGGAGCCGCCAGGUCCCCUUUCCACCGGGCGUUCCGGUCUAAAACCAGACUCCUGGCAACCCUAAGCUGAACCCAGCCGGGUGCCCGAAUCCAUCUGCACCCUGCUGCGGUGGCACGGAGGGGCUGCAGGGCGAGGCAAAUCCUGCCCGCUCUGUGCCAGUGUGGCAGUGGAUGGAAGGAGUCAGUUCAGGGCUCCCCCUCAGGGUUAAGUACAGGCCAGAGCCUGCGUGGCCAGGGGCACUUGUGACUCCGAAACAGGGCACUGAGUGACUGGGAGGGGGGGCUCCCCACCAGGCUCCUCUGAGGGCGCUUACUGCCCCUCCCCCAAUCCCAUGAGCGCCCCCACCGAGACGCCGCCUCAAGCCGCGAGCUCGGCCCGCGCGGCUCAGGGGCGCGCAUUGGCUCGCUCCCAGGCCUGAAGGGAGCCCGGCUCCUCCCAGCAUGCCCCGCGGCGGCGACCGACCGGCGCUGCUUGGAGACCGUCACUAGGGGCGGGGGGAUGCCGCUGGCUGGUGUCAGGCGGCGGCACGGAGCGGGCGGGCGGAGGAUGCAGGAGCAGCGGCGGCGGCGGCUGGAGGAGCGAGGAGCCAUGCAGCGCUGUCCGCCGGGGUCCCGACCGCAGAGCAGGAGGAGCGGGGGCGCCUUCACCACCCUCCUGCUGACAGUGUACACGAUUCUCUCUAAGGUGCACUCUGAUCGGAAUGUAUACCCUUCUGCUGGAGUUCUUUUUGUUCAUGUUUUGGAGAGAGAAUACUUUAAGGGGGAGUUUCCUCCUUAUCCAAAGCCUGGUGAGAUAAGUAAUGAUCCUAUAACAUUUAACACCAACUUAAUGGGUUACCCUGACAGACCUGGAUGGCUACGCUACAUUCAGAGGACACCAUACAGUGAUGGAGUAUUGUAUGGAUCACCAACUAUAGAAAAUGUGGGCAAACCAACCAUCAUUGAGAUCACUGCUUAUAACAGGCGCACCUUUGAGACUGCAAGGCAUAACUUGAUCAUUAAUAUAAUGUCAGCAGAAGAUUUUCCUUUACCAUAUCAAGCGGAGUUCUUCAUAAAGAACAUGAAUGUAGAAGAAAUGUUAGCAAGUGAGGUUCUUGGAGAUUUUCUUGGAGCAGUGAAAAAUGUGUGGCAACCAGAGCGUUUGAAUGCUAUAAACAUCACCUCAGCUCUAGACAGGGGAGGCAGAGUUCCACUUCCUAUUAAUGAUAUGAAAGAGGGUGUCUAUGUUAUGGUUGGUGCAGAUGUUCCAUUCUCCUCAUGCUUACGAGAAGUGGAAAAUCCACAAAAUCAGCUGAGAUGCAGCCAAGAAAUGGAACCUGUAAUAACGUGUGAUAAAAAAUUUCGUACUCAGUUCAAUAUUGACUGGUGUAAAAUCUCUUUGGUUGAUAAAACAAAACAAGUUUCCACCUAUCAGGAAGUGAUCCGUGGAGAGGGAAUAUUACCUGAUGGUGGAGAAUAUAAACCACCGUCUGAUACACUGAAAAGCAGAGACUAUUACUCGGAUUUCCUAAUUACACUGGCAGUGCCCUCGGCAGUAGCACUGGUGCUUUUUCUAAUACUUGCUUAUAUCAUGUGCUGCCGACGGGAAGGAGUGGAAAAGAGAAACAUGCAAACACCAGAUAUCCAGUUGGUCCACCACAGUGCUAUACAGAAAUCCACCAAAGAGCUUCGUGAGAUGUCCAAAAAUAGAGAGAUAGCAUGGCCUCUUUCAACACUUCCUGUGUUUCACCCAGUUACUGGUGAGAUUAUACCACCUCUUCACACAGACAGCUUUGAUAAUACUAGCAUGCCAUUAAUGCAAACACAGCAGAUCCUGCCACAUCAGACUCAGAUUCCACAGCAGCAGACUGCAGGAGAAUUUCGUAUGACAACAUUUCAAAGAUUUGAGGUAAAUGGUAUCCCUGAAGAAAGAAAAUUGACAGAAGCAAUGAAUUUGUAAUCAGAUAAUGCAGUAAUCAUGUCUUAUUUCCUUAUUUGUGCAAAUAAUGCAUGCGCUUUUCUGGAGUACAGUGUGCAUGCCUACAGUAUUAAGUUCUUCAGUGCCAGAUUGUACAAUCAUUCCCAUUUAACCAGUGUAUCGUAUCUUUUUUGUACCUUGGACAUUUUUGACAAUUUGUAAAACACUGAUAACUUUUUAUAUUUGUUACAUUAAGAAAACUAUCUUUAAAAUAAACAUAUUAAUAAAUAUCAAA